ACCCUGCAUUCACUAUAUCUGGUUCUCCCCGGACCCUGCAUUCACUAUAUCUGGUCUCCCCGGACCCUGCAUUCACUAUAUCCGGUCUCCCCGGACCCUGCAUUCACUAUAUCUAGUCUCCCCGGACCCUGCAUUCACUAUAUCUGGUCUCCCCGGACCCUGCAUUCACUAUAUCUGGUCUCCCUGGACCCUGCAUUCACUAUAUCUGGUCUCCCAGGACCCUGCAUUCACUAUAUCUGGUCUCCCCGGACCCUGCAUUCACUAUAUCUGGUCUCCCAGGACCCUGCAUUCACUAUAUCUGGUCUCCCAGGACCCUGCAUUCACUAUAUCUGGUCUCCCCGGGCCCUGCAUUCACUAUAUCUGGUCUCCCCGGACCCUGCAUUCACUAUAUCUGGUCUCCCAGGACCCUGCAUUCACUAUAUCUGGUCUCCCCGACCCCGCAUUCACUAUAUCUGGUCUCCCCGGACCCUGCAUUCACUAUAUCUGGUCUCCCCGGACCCCGCAUUCACUAUAUCUGGUCUCCCCGGACCCCGCAUUCACUAUAUCUGGUCUCCCCCGGACCCUGCAUUCACUAUAUCUGGUCUCCCACAGUACACACAACAUGGAAAUGCAAUUAUUGUAGCAAAUGUAAACUGGUAAAUGCCUUUUCUCAACAGCAGUAUAUAGCAGUCUUGUGACUUCCACCAGUGCCCAGCAGAACACUGGUUAAAGCUUGUAGGAGGAGUUUUCAUUCUGCUCUGACUGUCCUAUGAAGCUGCAAAACCCCUGGACAGUGCUAGGUGGUCCUGUGCUGAUCACAUGCACCCUCCCAAAGAAAAAAAAAAAACACUCUCUAGCAAUACACACUAAACUAAGCAUGUGCAGAGUGCCUCCUAGAGCUCUGUACUAUCAGCAGAUGGAUUGGGGGCAGUAGUAGGGGAGGAACAGAGAAGACAGGAUCAAACAGCCUUUUUACACAUUUCGGAGGAUUAA